AUGGAACUGAGGCUUCCUCAAUAUACCUAAUUUUUUAUAACCAUCAACAGUAUGGUGAGUGACAAGGUUAUUAAUAAACAGUAAAAAACUGAAUUAGAAUAAAGCAUUUUAAGAAAAGAGAAAAACCUAAUGGAGAUUGUUAGCAAAUAUGGGAGCAAAGACAUGUAAAAUAAAUACAGAAUAUCCGAAUUAGGGAAUAAUAAUUUCGUGAAAGAUUAGUUUAGUAUUCAAACCACAGAUAGAACAAAGUCUUAGUACCUCAUAUCAAAAUUUUAGAUAAAAACUAAAGUAACAAAUUUAGUGUUAGUGCCCGACAAAUUUAAUUUUAAUAAGAAUAUACAACAGUAUAGAACAAAUAAGAAGUAUUACUUGAAUUAAACAAUAAAAGUCAUUAUGUCCCUUCAUUCUGCAACUGAUUGAGUAGCUUGACACAAUGCUCUCAAUACAUACGACAAACGGAGGACAUUUAAUUCCUACUGAUGCCUAGAAGUUAACCCAAUUAAGGGAUUAAAUUAACUAGAAUUUGGGAAUCCAAUACGAUUAAGAAUUAGAUAAUGAAUCCUCUGUAAGCUGUAGAAAUGCUAGUGAUUGUGUUAGAGUAAUAUAGGAGUAUUAAGAUGAAAAAUCGGAUUAAGUAGAUACUAGUGUUCAGUUAAAAUGUAAAUAUUAUAUUCAAAUAAUGAAUUAAAUUAAAUAAACUUAUGCUUAAUUAAAAGUAUAAAAUAAUUCAUAUAUUUUAGAGUCUAUUUUUGGGUAGUUUACAUACACUUUAUUUACUUAUGUAAGAGGAAUUGUCAUACAAUAACUUAGUAAACGUUGUUAAGUCACUGAUUAAAGAAUUGACAGAUUCAGAUGAGAUAUACUUUUUGAUUAAAAGAAAUGAGGAGUGGGAUUUCUAUUCUACAGAGAAAGACUCUAUCAAAUAGAUCGAGAAAGAGAAGCAGUAAGUAUUCUUCUUGAACUUUUCACACUUGAAACCGAACAUUAUUUAUAAUUUUAAGAAUAAAGAGAAUAAAACUGAAUUAUUGGAACAAGUAUUGGAUUUGAAUUCUUAGUUUACUGAACUAUCAUUAAUAAGAUUCAUGAAUCAGAAUAAAUAAGAGACAUUUUUCUUUUUCUAUUGGAACAAACCAUGUAGAAAUACAUUGUUAAGAAGAUUUAUCAAGUACAAUAUUUAAUAAUAUAAAACAGUGAGGCCAACGAAUACAGGUUCAAAGAUGAAGUCUUAAGCUUAACGAAUUUCUUGAUUGAUGUAAUUUUGUAAGCCAGAGUGCAAUACUUUAAUCCAGUGUAAUUUGCAGAUUAGAUUUUCGACAUAGUUUUAAGUUUUGUUGAAUCAUCUAAAUAUAUCUUAUUUGAUGAAAUUUUCAGGGCUUUGAAUCCUUAUUUUAAAAUUAAGAAGGAUCAUAUUUCAUCUGAGGAUGGGCGAUUGAAUGUACACUCUGAUAAUUCUGUGAGAAUUGAAAUGGAAUGCAGGAAUCCUAUUGCUUUAAUUUUGGAAGAGUUCUAUCUUACUAGACAGGAUCAUUAAUACAUUUACACAGGAAUAUUGAAUUUGAAAUCUAAGUAUUAGAGACAUUUGAGAUUGUGUCAUGAGAAAAUAGCAUAUUACAAGUACUUUUUAAGAUCUUCAGAUACUAUUCUAUUUGAUUUUGAUAAGAAUGGAAGACUCCUCUUUUUGAAUCACUACAUUUGGGAGACUCUCAAGUCGAAAUACAAUAUUUAAUUUACUCCGGAUAAGAGGACUCCAUACUAUAAAGAGUUGUUUUUGGAUGAAAGAAUAUUAAAGCACAUAGAUCUGGAUGUAUUUACAAUGAAAAAGAAGAAUGAGUACAUUUAGAAUGAGGAUUUCGAAAUAUUCCUGAAGGUGGUUGAUCAAGUUUAUAAAGGAUUUGUGAUAAUAUUUCAUCUAUAGGAGGGAUCAAGGAUAACUGAAUACAUUAAGAAUUUGAAAGAUGAAGAGUCGCAUUUUGAGGAUGAAAUCAAAUAAUCAAUUCAACGUUCAUACAACAAGCAUUAAACCUUUAAAUUCAUUUCCCAAUUACAAAAAUCAAACCCCAGUGUUAAAAAUUCAUAUAUUUCUUUGUUUAUACCAGAGGAAUAAUAAUCUUUGGAUAAUUUAGAACAAUAAUAUGAAUCCAAUAAUUCAUUUUAGUCCUUUACAUCCAAGAAACCGAGGUUGAGUAUUCAAAUGUUAAGCAAAACAAUCAAGGCAUUUCGUUAUUAAGCAGCUAAAUUGCGCAUAAAGUCCAUAGAAUCAGCAUUGGAGAUUGAGGAGGAUGAUGAUUUGGAUAGCUUAUAUUAAGAUGGCACAAUUGAUAAAUUAGAAUUUAAUAUUUUCUCUGUAAUUAUUUUAGAUAUAUUGAUGCAUAGUAUAAGGACAAUAUGAAAACGAAACUAGUGUAUCAUAUCAUUAAGAAGAAUGAUUGGAUUGAGAAUUACGAUAUGAAUAGGGAUGUUCUAAUGAAAUUUAUAAAGGAGGUCGAGAGAAAAUAUAACAAAAGGAAGAAUCCAUUUCAUAAUUUUGAUCAUGGUAUAACCGUGAUGCAGAGUUGUAAUUUCCUAUGUUCUUUGCCAAGAGCCCACGAAUAUAUAAGUGAGAUUGUGUAUUUUGCAACUGUGAUUUCAGGGUUAUGUCACGAUAUUUCUCAUACAGGAAGGACGAAUCAAUUUGAAAUCAAUAGCAGAAGCAAAUUGGCCACAAGAUACUUGGACAAGAGUGUAAUCUAUAUGAUUAAAUUGUUAGCCAUUGGAAAAUCAUCAUGCCGCAGUCACUUUGAAAUUGUUUAAAUAGGAUAAGUACAAUAUAUUAUAGGGGUUGAAUGCUGAGGAUUUGGCAAUUUUCAGAUAGACUCUAAUUGAGAACAUUCUAUUCACAGAUAUUAAAUAACAUUUUGGAUUAAUAAAGGAUUUUGAGUAAAGAGUGAAGGAAGGUAAAGAAAAUUCGGAGAGAGCCUUUGGAUAGGUGGAUGGUGAUGUAAAGUUGUAUACUGGAAUGAUUGUUCAUACCUCUGAUUUUAGUGGUGCUGCAAAAGUGUUUGAAUUGUCGAAGGCGUGGUCAUAGAAAGUCAACAUGGAGUUUUAAGCAUAAUUCGAUGAGGAGGGAACUCGCAAGCUUACUUCAACGCCAUUUAUGAAGGACCUGCACAAGCAAGAAAUAAUGGCAAAGAAUGAAAUGGGAUUUUUUAAAGUCAUUGUCAGACCGUUAUGGGCUAGUUUAAAUGAAUUUUAUGUAUUUUUAUGCUGGAUCAACAUUUAUAGGAUAAACAAUUACAGAAUGUUAUUGACAAUGUAGAGAACACUAUAAUUAAUUGGGAGAAGAUCUAUCACACAUACAAUGAACAAGCGAAAUAGGGUUGAACUGUAAAUUGCAUAUUUCGUUUUUGAAAUAUUUAUUUAUAUAUUUAUAAUAAAUGAGUGAGAGAAGAGAAGAGGAUACCACUCUUGUGCAAGCAGCCAUCCCAGCUGCCUUGGAAGGAGCUAAAAAGGCUGAGGAAAUGGAAAAGAAGAUAAAAGAGUAUGCAUGAUAGAAGAUAUAUUAAUUUAUAGAGAAGGUGGAUAAAAGCUUUAAGAAGCUGAGAGACAAGCAGACGAAUAGAUUGCUAAGGCAUAAGAAAUUAUAGGCUUAACUGGGAAUUAAGCUCAAGUUGCGUAGUAAAAGUCGUUGGUUGUUGCUGCCUCUUAAUAUCUGGCUGGAAGUUUGUUAUCGAUGUUAAUUCUUCAACUUGGUUUCUUCGGAUCCAUUCUUACAUUUAUUCCAUUCUUAGAAUAAUUGACAAUUAUCCUAUACCUUGUUUCCAUAUUAAUUGUUCAAUUCUGUCCAGGCUCUGUUGACAAAGUAGACAAUUAAUACAUUUAUUAGGUUCCUAAAAAUUUUGGAUUUUGCAUAGUUCACACAGCCAGCAAAAUAUUAUUGAUGAUAUACCUUACACUUCAUUUUGAAUCAAUCAAAUUCGAAUUAAUACAAUUAGUAUUUGGAAUUGUCAUUCUAUUCCUAUUGUUCCAAAUUAAGAAGGGAAUAGGUAUCCAAAAUAUUACAUUUUUUAGCUGAAAAUCAAGAUAUUGCUCUAGUUGUAAAGAAAUAAUUCUUCACAGUUUUGAUAGUAUCAGCGGUUAUUUCAGGAUUCUUGGGAUUAUUGACAAGAUCAAACUUAUUCAUUACUGUUAUUUUAAUAGUUGUGGGAGCUGGAUAUACUUAUUAUUUAUAAUUGGCUUUGUAAAGAUUCGGGGAUCACAAGUACUUGUAUUUGGACAAGAAUGACUUGUACAUGGGAGCUGCUUAAUUGGAUGCAGAUCUAUUCUUAUGGUGUAAAUUGGUUGGAUAUCAUUGCAUUAAGAGGAAUGAGCAAGGAGCCUACGUUCCAAAUUUAGAAUUUGAUGAGGAGAACAAAUAAAAGGAACCAGAAAACUAAGAAUAAAACAAGAUCUGA